CACAUUUUCACAAAAAAAAUUUAAUGAUAACUCCGAGAGCUGAAAAGUGAUUUUAUUUAUUAAUUCACUAAUUAAUGAGAAAUUUCUUUUUGCAUCGUAUCGGUACAAUUGAUAGAUAAUUCAAAAAUGAUUCCUUAAAGAAUCAUAAAUCAUAAUUUUUCUCGUUUCGAGUACUGGAAUUAAUUUUAAAAAUUUAACAACUCUAUUCCAAGUGUUAUGCAAGUUUAACUGACUGUUCAAAUGGCUCAAUGCAUGGAAUAUAUCAAAUCUCUUUUCCCGGCCAUCGAUGAAGAGAUGUCACAAUACAUCGAAGGUGUCUUAGAAAACGGUAUCGAAGACUUUCAAGAGGAAGAAGAUAUAUAUGAAGCCAUCGGCGAAGUGUUACUGCAAUUGGAUGAUUCUAAAACUGAAUGUGAUAUUAAACGUAUUUGCGGAAAGGUGCGUAAAAUCAUGAUCCCUGAUUGUAAUGGGAUAGAGGAAAACGGCACGUCCAAAACACUCAGUGCUCCUAUACAAUUGCGAGCUGUUGCCGAAGAUUUUGUAGAUAAUACACGCGAAGUUGAGAGUAUAUGGUUGAUGCAAAAAAGUUAUUCGCUGAAAGUGGAUCAAAAGAAGUUAGCAAAAGCAACUGCCAAAUUACAACAAAAACAAGAAAAAAGAGAUUUAACCAGUCGUACUGUUCCGGUUAAUCCAACCCCUAUGCAAACGAUGAGUUCGGCUUCAGCUUCGCAAGUUACGAGUAAAAAAGAAGCCAAAUUAGAAGCAAAAGGCAAUAACCGAUCACAAGAUAUAAGAAUAGAAAACUUCGAUGUGUCAUUUGGCGAUAGAAUAUUGUUACAAAACGCAGAUUUGACGUUAUCAUUUGGUCGGCGUUAUGGUCUGGUUGGUAGAAAUGGUUUGGGAAAAACUACUUUAUUACGAAUGAUUUCUAGUGGCCAGUUGAAAAUACCAUCACAUAUUAGCAUUUUGCAUGUGGAACAAGAAGUAGUUGGAGAUGAUACUCCAGCUUUAGAAAGCGUAUUACAAUGCGAUACUCUUAGGUGUGAACUCUUGGAGAAAGAAAAACAACUUACCGCAUUGAUAAAUAAUUCCGCUGACAGUAAUUUAAGUGCAGAAUUAAAUGAAGUUUAUGCUAAAUUAGAAACAAUUGAUGCUGACAAAGCUCCAGCUAAAGCAUCGGUUAUAUUAGCGGGUUUAGGAUUUAGCCCUGAAAUGCAAAAACGUACCACAAAAGAAUUUUCAGGAGGUUGGAGAAUGAGACUUGCCCUCGCCAGAGCGUUAUUUUCUAGUCCGGAUUUAUUAUUAUUAGACGAACCGACUAACAUGUUGGAUAUGAAAGCUAUUAUUUGGUUAGAAACGUAUUUGCAAACUUGGCCAAAAACGUUGCUCGUUGUUUCUCACGAUAGGCACUUUUUAGAUACUGUUCCUACAGAUAUACUUCAUUUCCACACACAGAGAAUUGAUUGCUAUCGUGGCAAUUACGAAAUGUUUGAGAAAACGAAAAAUGAAAAAUUGAAAAAUCAACAACGCGAAAUAGAAGCUCAACAAGCCCAAAGACAACAUGUUCAAGAGUUUAUCGAUAAAUUCAGAUAUAAUGCCAACAGGGCAUCCAGUGUGCAAAGUAAAAUAAAAAUGCUGGAAAAAAUGCCAGAAUUGAAGGCAAUUGAAAAAGAACCAGAAGUAAUCUUGAAAUUCCCCGAUACCGAGUCGUUAUCGCCACCUAUUGUACAAAUUGAUGAAGUUUCGUUUCGAUAUGCACCUAAUUCUGAUUACGUUUUCACUGAUGUAAAUCUCGGCGCUAAUUUAGAAUCAAGAAUCUGUAUAGUUGGUGACAAUGGUGCCGGAAAAACCACGCUGUUGAAAUUAAUAAUGGGGAUUUUAACACCUGCCUCUGGUUCUGUUCAUUUGCAUCGAAAUCUUAGGUUUGGUUAUUUUAGUCAACAUCACGUAGAUCAAUUGGAAAUGAAUACAACGUCAGUUGAAUUAUUACAGCAAUCAUUCCCUGGAAAACCGGCUGAGGAAUACAGAAGACAUCUCGGAGCGUUUGGAUUAUCUGGUGAUUUAGCAUUACAACCUGUCGGUAGUUUAUCUGGAGGCCAGAAAUCCAGAGUGGCAUUUGCAAAAAUGUGUUUAAGUCUUCCUAAUUUUUUAAUUCUUGAUGAACCUACCAAUCAUCUGGAUAUUGAAACAAUCGAAGCUCUGGGAAAAGCCAUUCAAAAAUACACAGGUGGCGUGAUUUUAGUCUCUCACGACGAAAGACUCAUACGAAAAGUUUGCAAAGAGCUUUGGGUAUGUGGCAAAGGAACUGUGAAAAGUAUCGAAGGAGGAUUUGAAGAAUAUCGUAAAAUUGUUGAAAGAGAACUCGCCGAAGUAUCAAAAUGAGAACGUGAUUUCUCGUAUUUGUAGUUUUGUAUUUUGUUCUUCAUAUCGACCAUUUUAAUACGAGACAUUUUUUAUACUGAUUUAUACCUUAUUUUUUUUAAUUCGAUGAGAUUUCUAAUGAUGUAUUUCCAUUUCGGCGAUUUAUUAAGGAAAAUAAGUGUAUUGUAGUCAUUUCGAGUAUUUUUUGUCGAAAUCACUAAAUUUGGUGAAUCUAGAGGUGACUUUAAUGGUCAUGAAUUUCUUCCUUUGAACAUUUCACAUUGAUUGAAUCAAUGAUGCGCUUAUCUUGUACAUAAUGUUGAUGGUAUUCGUUCACUCUACUACUGGCGAAAAAAGUGGAGAACGUAAUUUGAACACAGAUCAUUUUGUUGCUUUGCUUUUAAUUUUUUUAUACAUGAAUAUUUGUUACGUAAAUUUGAAAAAUGUUUGCAAUAACCCGUUUUAAGUAAUAAUCUUUUUCAAAUACCCGUGUAAUAUAAAUUAGAUGAUAAUAUACAUUUUUGUGCAGACUUGAGUUACCCAUACUCUACUGUAUAUUCUGCCGUUCUAAUUGACCUGAUAGUCUUCGAUUUUACUGUAUCAUUUCGUUGUAUACUAUAACUAUAAGUUCUAUAAUGAAACUGAUUUCUUGAGAAUCUGAUAGCGAUGAUACUUUAUGUAUACUAAUUUUUUUUUAUGCAAUCCAACUAUCAAACAAUUCGACCAUUUGUCAUUCUUUCACUCUAAAGUCAAAAUGCAAGACGUGCGUAUAUUUUUGAAUUUUGAAUUUGUCUUUGAAAUACUGUAUUAUUUUUUGCUAUGUUCUAUGUCCAUCUGAAACAAAAAAAGCAUAAUAAAGAUAGGAAUGUGUUA